AUGGCCUGCUCACUGGUCUCGCUGAGCUGUUGGUUUGUACAUACUCCGGCUGUGGCCUCGCAGCGGCCCCUCUGUGAAGGAAGUAAAACCAGAGCCAAAUACACGGGGAGUCCAGGUCUGAUCCAAGGUCCUCUCCAGUCUGCGGCAAACGGCCACAGCUGUCAAAGCAAAGUUAGAGCCAUGAGAACAAACGAUUUUGAUUCUUCGUCAGAUGAUGAUGACGUCAUCGAGGAAGAUCUGACUCCAUUCCACAUUUCCUGGCUCCCUCUCUCCAUCGUUGGCAGCUCUCAGUAUCUGGGGAUAUCUGCUCUCCCAGGUUGCAAAUAUAAAGAUGUACGCAGAAGUUUGCAGAAAGAUGUUGAGGAGCUGCGGCUUCAGGGCGUCCAGGACGUGUUUGUGUUCUGCACUCGUGGAGAGCUGGGGAAGUACCGUGUGCCGUUGCUUCUGGAGGCUUACGCUCAGAGUGGCUUCAGGGUCCUGCAUCGGCCCUUUGCAGACGGAGACGCCCCCGAGCUCCAGCUGUGCACGCGCAUCCUGGAGGAGGUGAUGGGUAGCCUGGACAACCACCGCCGCACCCUCAUACACUGUUUUGGAGGGCUGGGACGCUCUGGAUUAAUUGCCGCGUGUCUCCUGCUGCAGCUCUCGGGGACCAUGACUCCAAACAAAGCCAUUGAGGUCCUGAGGCAGCACCGAGGAGGGGGCGCCAUCCAGACCGUCAAACAAUACAAUUUCCUGCACGAGUUUCGGGAAAAGCUGCUGCUGUACCAAGAGUCGAGCGAGGCGGCGACAGAACGCUGCGUCUCCCGGUGA